CCCCGCGCCAAGCCUCGGCACGCAGAGCGGAUCCCAGGGACAAACCCCUUUCGGCCACCGCGCGAGCCCACGGCGGAGCUGGCGGGGCGGGGGCUGAACCUGCCGGCGCGUUUCGGAGGCCGGGCGCUGGGCUCCUCCCGGCGACGCUCUCCUCUUCCCGCGCUGCCUGCGGGGCCCCCGGCCCCAGCCCCGCCAGCGCCUCCGCCCCGUGCGCUCCCCGCCCCCUCGGAAGCGCGCACAGCGGCGGCUGGGGCCCGGGAAGGGGCCACGGCUCAGGGAGGCUGCCCGGUGGGUGCGCCCCGGGGGUCAUGUCCGCGCGCCAGCGCCCGGGGUACAGCGGUCCACGCGAGAGGACGUCAGCAAGUGUCAUGAUCUAACAAUGUCCUAUUUGAAAGUGGUCUCUGUGAAGCACUUGGAGGAGAGUCGUGAUUUCUGAUGGCUGCUAGGCACCCAGAUUCGUUGAUUUUCUUCAGUUGCCUUCCACUUCGCCCCAUCAGAGGCUCAUCUCUCCUUUCCCUCUUCUUUGACUCCACAUUGAUGAAUGGGAAAGAAAUUCCGGUUCUCGGUCUUGCACUAAAGAGUACACCACAUUCUCAGCCUUGGCAACACCUUGUCCUUUGUGUGACCUACCGUGGCUCAAGCGAGAGGGCUACAGCCCAGGCCUGUCGCUUCUUCUACGUGCACUUCCAAAGAGGAGAGACAAGAGCUCCAUCACUGCAGAGGACGGUAAUUGGGGGCAAGCUCCUGGUUUUGAAUUGCACCGUCAACAAACUAUUAGACGCAGAAAUCGUGAGUUCGCCCCAGGCUACAAGUCUGUAAGAACACCACUCCGCUGCUCUGAAGGCUGUGCAGAAAAGUGUUGGAAUCCUCCUAGCAGACUUGGAAGAUGGCCCUGUGGCGCACAUGGUGUCCUCUGUGAUUCCCAGCCAUUGAAAAUAUCAAUCAACUUGGAUAGAUUCGAUAUCUUCCAUGGAAUGAACAUGAUGGCCAAUAACCUAUGUGCCAGGUAACAUUCCAUGCCAAUCUUGAAUGCCAAGAGGAAGUCACUGGACAGCAAACCUCUUCCAGGAUCAGAACUGGGCUAUUGGAGUAACCCGAGAAAGAAGAAAAAAUAACUGAAGCCAUGGGAAAAGGAACUAGAGUUCAGUCUACCUCUCCUCCCGAUGGAGGCUGGGGCUGGAUGAUCGUGGCUGGCUGUUUCCUUGUUACCAUCUGCACCCGGGCAGUCACCAGAUGUAUUUCAAUUUUUUUUGUGGAGUUCCAGACAUACUUCACUCAGGAUUAUGCACAAACGGCUUGGAUCCAUUCCAUUGUAGAUUGUGUGACCAUGCUCUGUGCUCCGCUUGGGAGUGUUGUCAGUAACCACUUAUCCUGUCAAGUGGGAAUCAUGCUGGGUGGCUUGCUUGCAUCUACUGGUCUCAUCCUGGGCUCAUUUGCCACCAGUCUGAAGCAUCUCUACCUCACUCUGGGAGUUCUUACAGGUCUUGGGUUUGCACUGUGUUACUCUCCAGCGAUUGCAAUGGUCGGCAAGUAUUUCAGCAGACGGAAAGCCCUGGCUUAUGGGAUCGCCAUGUCCGGAAGCGGCAUUGGCACCUUCAUUCUGGCUCCUGUGGUUCAGCUCCUUAUUGAACAGUUUUCCUGGCGGGGAGCCUUACUCAUCCUUGGGGGCUUCGUUCUGAAUCUCUGUGUUUGCGGUGCCUUGAUGCGGCCUAUUACUCUGAAAGAGGACCAGACAACUCCAGAGCAGAACCACAUCAGUAGAACUGAGAAACAAGACUUUAAGCGAGUGUCUCCCUGUUCCACUUUGACUAAAAAAUGGGUGCACACCUGCCUCUGUUGCUCUUUGCAGCAGGAAUACAGCUUUUUACUGAUGUCAGACUUUGUGGUAUUAGCCAUCUCUGUUCUCUUUAUGGCUUAUGGCUGCAGUCCCCUCUUUGUGUACUUGGUACCUUACGCUCUGAGUGUCGGAGUGAGCCACCAGCAAGCUGCUUUCCUUAUGUCCAUACUUGGGGUGAUUGACAUUAUUGGCAAUAUCACAUUUGGAUGGCUAACUGACAGAAGGUGCCUGAAGAAUUACCGGUAUGUCUGCUACCUCUUUGCCGUGGGACUAGAUGGGCUCUGCUAUCUCUGCCUCCCAAUGCUUCGAAGUCUUCCCCUGCUCGUGCCUUUCUCUUGUACCUUUGGCUACUUCGAUGGUGCCUAUGUGACUCUGAUCCCCGUAGUGACUGCAGAAAUAGUGGGGACCACUUCUUUGUCUUCAGCGCUCGGUGUGGUAUACUUCCUUCAUGCAGUGCCAUACCUGGUGAGCCCACCCAUCGCAGGACGGCUUGUUGACAUGACUGGGAGCUAUACCGCGGCAUUUCUUCUCUGUGGGUUUUCAAUGAUACUGAGCUCUGUGUUGCUUGGCUUCGCUAGACUUGUAAAGAAGAUGAGAAAAACCCAGCUGUGGUUCCUUGCCAAAGAAUCUGACCCUAAGCUGCAGCUAUGGACCAAUGGAUCGGUGGCUUACUCUGUAGCAAGAGAGUUAGAUCACAAAGAUGAGCAAUCUGUGGCUCUAACAGUGCCUCGUUACAGCCCCACACGGCCAGUGGCUUGAGCCUGGGAAUCUUCAGGGCUGAGAGAGGGGGCACCAUGGGAUUGUACAUGUCUCAGAAGCGUUUAAUUUUGGCAGAAGCAUUGCCUUCCAAGGAAAUUAUUAUUAUUGUUUUAUUAACAUGUUUAUAGGGGAAAAUAGCAACAAAGCAAGCAGGACUGGCUCAGAGUUUCCUCAUUUGGGAUUUGUACUCACAAUUGAACUAUCUUUCAGGCAAUGAGCAUUGCUCUAUGGAGAAUGUUAGGACACUGCUGCUAUAAUUAGCUGUUAAUUAGGGGUAAUUUCAAAGCAGGACCAAAGCAGAUGACAUUGGGAAGCUUUGUUGCAAACUCUCUGCCCCUCCAUCUUACUCCCUCAGAAUGUAAACAGAAACAGUGACAUGUAGAUUUGUUUACUUUAUGCUUUUCUGGAGAAAGGGGUCUGUAUUAAUCACUGCCUUUUGAGAAAUCUAAAGCAUUCUUCCACAACUCCAUGUAAAACCCUAAUGAGAAACUCCACUAUGAGAAAGGUUUGGCAUCUUCACCUUCCAACUCCACUGAAAGCUUUCUUCCUAAGGCUGAGCCCCUCCCCUCUGAUCAGGCACUCACUGCUGUUCCUAUCACAUAUAAUGCUGAAUUUAACCGAAUACACCAAGUCACAAGUGUGAUUUCUAAAUCUUACCUGAAAUGUUAAUACCAACACUUCCUUCUCUUUUUUUUUCAUUAGAAACAAAGCUUUUAUUUGAAUUGUAUACACAUUCCUGCUAGGAACUGAAAAAUGUUGGCAGUAUUCCAACUGGGCAGGAAUUGAAUUCUUGAAUCAGCAGGUCUCUGAUGGGAGUUUUCUUUUCAGAUCAGACAUUUAGGUUCAUCAUUACCCAAAACAGAACUUGGGAGGUUAGCCUGAAAAAUAUUCUAAAGGUGAGAUUCCUUUCUCCCUGUGUUAAUUCUUGUUCCAGUGUCCACUGCUCUUGAUCUCUUUAUGGAUAAUCAUUAGAAACUUGAUGGGCCUCUUCAGCUGAGUGAGAAGGCUUCAGGGGUUCAGCUCAGCAUCAGAGCACUCUCAUUAAUUAGAGCUUUGGUCAGGGGAGAGAGAAGAGAAGGUUAAGAAGACUAACGGUGUGAUACUUUACAGUUCAUAGAACUCUCUCACAUACCUACACUCAUUGGAUUAGAAUAGUUUACUCAUUCUCAAGUACUCUGUUUUCCUGUAGUUUGGAAUAAUUUCUGACUUUCCAGAGGGAGAACACGGGAGAGAAGAGAAAGGCCAGAUCCCCCAGCUUGUCUCCAACCACUUUAAAUCUGCAGAAUGAUAGCGCUGCAUCCCCAAAUCAUGUCAUACCUAUAAAUUAGGAGCAAAUUACACAAUUGAAAGGGGAUUUUAACUAUUGAAAAAUUUUAAAUCUGAACCUCAAAGAAAUAUUUUGACCCCGAAAGCCAUUUAACCCACUGUCCCCUCAAGAGGCCUCACAAACACCAGCACUGAAGAAGAUCCUGGGUUGACUAAGCAUGUAUAACAAGAGUCUUUGCCUAUAACUGGAUUAUUUCAUAAAGUUACAUAUUAAUACAUUGCUUUCAGAAUGAAAUACUGACUUGAUUUAAUGGAAGAAAGCUGUAGUAUUUCAUAGUUCUUUUCCAAAGAUAAAUUUGAAUGUUGCCUGUUAUCUUUUUACUUAGUUUAAGACUUUAGUUUAAACCCAUUUACUUUGUCACUUGCAAUUUUAAAACAAUAUUUGGAAAAUAUCUGUAAAAAGUCAAAGUUAAAAAUGAACUUAUGUGUGUUUGGAACAGCACUUUACACUGAAUGUCAUUUCUUGAAUCUUCAAGCCUAAAGAUUUUUUGAAAUAUAGUUAUAAAUAUUCUUAUACAUAUUUUUCCUAGUGAUCACAGUAAAAUUUUGUUUAUCCAGCUCUGCAAUAUAAUUUCUCUAAAGUAUUAUAAGUAUUCAUGAAAAAUGGGUAUAGAAACCAGAGCUUUUAAAAAUUUAUAUAAAAUAUUUUGGAUAUUUUUACUUUAUACAUGCAUAAAUUUAUAUUUUACUUUCCCUUUUGGAGCAGCAUUUUUAGAAAACCAGCAGGGAAAAUGUAGAUCUUAGAGUCUACCAUUGUCAACUUCACAAAAUUUUACUGUUAAGGUUCCAUGUGCCUCUACUGUUUAUUUCAAAAGGGAGGAAUUUGUAAGAAUGAUGCAUUUUGCAGAAUCAAGAACAAAAUUGUGGUGUGAUGAUUCUACAUCUUAAAUAUUACUUUAUAUCACUGCAAGUUCUACUUUGAAAUUGACUGACUAGAAAAGCAAAGAAACUAAUUUCUAUAGAUACAAAUUUACCAUUGGGCCUUUUUUUCAGAUUGUGAUUUUACUAAUAGAUCAGAUAUUUAUGCUAAUAUUUUCUUAUUUCAAAAGCAUUAUAAUAAAGUGAGUUUAUAUUUGUGUUUGGAAAAA